AGCCCAGCCCAGCCCAGCCCAGCCCAGCCUAGCCUAGCCGGGUGCGGUGCGAGCGCUGCCGGGGCUGAGCCGCCCGUCGGCGGGCGCUGCGCGGAGCCAGGCACAGAAAACGGGUAAUAACUGAAGACAACCUCACAGUAGGAAAGUGAGAUCAGACUGGCAACGCAUCCGUGAGUGGCAUGAUUGAAGACAAGACAACAAGCAGGCUGCAGCAAAAGGUGUGAGCUUCAUACUUUAUCCCUGAAACUAGGUAACAGCUGAAGAGAUCAAAAUGAUUCCAAAUUACUCCACUGAAGAAACUGUUAAAAGAAUCCACGUCGACUGCCCCGUUUCAGGGAGGCACAGUUACAUCUACAUUAUGGUUCCGACCGUCUACAGCAUCAUCUUCAUCAUAGGCAUAUUUGGGAACAGCCUGGUCGUUAUUGUCAUCUACUGCUACAUGAAAUUAAAAACAGUGGCCAGCAUCUUUCUUCUAAACCUGGCACUGGCUGACUUGUGCUUUUUAAUAACUCUGCCCCUCUGGGCAGCCUACACAGCCAUGGAGUACCAGUGGCCUUUCGGCAACUGUCUGUGUAAGUUGGCGUCAGCGGGGAUAAGUUUCAACCUCUAUGCCAGCGUGUUCCUGCUCACGUGCCUCAGCAUCGACCGGUACCUGGCCAUAGUGCACCCGGUGAAGUCCCGAAUCCGCCGUACCAUGUUUGUGGCCAGGAUAACCUGCAUUGCCAUCUGGCUUCUCGCCGGCGUGGCCAGUCUGCCCGUCAUCAUCCACCGCAACAUCUUCUUUGCUGAGAACUUGAACAUGACAGUCUGUGGCUUUCGGUAUGACAACAAUAACACGACGCUCCGGGUUGGAUUAGGUCUGUCCAAAAAUUUGCUGGGCUUUUUAAUUCCUUUUCUGAUCAUAUUAACAAGCUACACCUUAAUUUGGAAGACCUUGAAGGAGGCAUAUCAAAUUCAGAAAAAUAAGACUAGAAAUGAUGAUAUAUUUAAGAUGAUUGUGGCAAUAGUGUUUUUCUUCUUCUUUUCCUGGAUUCCUCAUCAAGUGUUCACUUUUCUGGAUGUGUUAAUUCAGUUACAUGUAAUAACAGACUGCAAAAUCACUGAUAUUGUGGACACGGCUAUGCCCUUCACCAUUUGUAUUGCCUACUUUAACAACUGUCUGAAUCCCUUCUUUUAUGUUUUUUUUGGAAAAAACUUUAAAAAAUAUUUCCUCCAGCUAAUUAAAUACAUUCCACCAAAUGUCAGCACACAUCCAAGCCUAACAACAAAAAUGAGCUCCCUCUCAUAUCGGCCAACAGAGAACAUACGUUUGCACACUAAAAAAACUGCUGGGCCUUUUGACACUGAUUGAUGCGUUUUGCAAUGCACUUACUUUGAACAACCUUGUGUACGAAGCAGCAAGAAUGGCAAGACUCAUCUGCAGUCCUGAACAUCACAGCUUACUGCUCAUUACAGAGGCAUUAGAUCAUCUUAGAGAAAUCAGACUGUAAAGGUUUAGCAGUUGCCUUCCAUUUUACACCAUGAAGAGGACUGCUUGGUUUUCAUUCUGUUUUUCUUUACUGAAAGCAACAUAAAUGGUGGACAGGCAAGUCAGAGGUCCUGCCAGCAUCCUGCUGUUUACUCAGAACUACAAAAGAAGGGUACAGAAAACUCCUAUCUUAAGUUCAGAAGUGUUUUAAAAGGAAAAGCUUGUAUAAAUUAUGUGAAAUACAAAGAAGCUGUUUUGCAUACAUGUGAGCUAUUUUGUUCAUGGAGUUGGUGGAGCUAUGUUGCUUGUUGGUGUUUUUUAAUGACAUAAAUGUCCUAUCUUCAUAUUUAUAACAUAUUUUCAAAUAUAUUCUAUAUAGAGAGGCCCAAUUUUAAACUCAAAUGGAAAAUUAACAUCCUUGAAAUUGGUCUCAUUCUGAUU